UUUUGUUGGCAACCAAUCCAAAUUCUAAAGUUUCCACCUUUCCCUUUUCUUUGCUGCUUCUAUAUAUUCACAGUUUCUUAUGAUCUUUGCCUCGAUUUCUACUAUCGGACGGGUUGAUCGAUCUGUAGGAUUGUUCAACUUGGUCGAGAAAUCGGGCUACUUUGCUUUGAAGUUUAGGAUUUAUCCCAUGAAUCAAAUAAAUUUUUGACUUAGGGAGGUCAGAUUUGAAAAAGCUACCAUCUUCUAGCUCCACAGCUCAAGGUUUUAACUUCUUUUGUUUUUUCAACAAAUUUCUGUUUGGAAGAACCCUAAUCUUCCAAUCGGUAAGCCUUCCCCUUUGUUACUUUUCAUCUCUUUUAAUAUCGCUUCAACGUGGGCUGCUGGAGCUACCAUCCCUUCUUAAUUUCUGCUUUAUUAUCUUUCUCCUGGGUUGAAUCCAGCUUCUUCAGCUUGUUUACUUCUAUGGUCAGAUCUUCUGGGUUUCAAGUAGCCCUUUACUAAAUAAUCAAAUGGCACCGGAAAGCUGCAACCUAGGCAAAGACGAGGCGGAGAUCCUUAACUCCUCUUCCCCUCAGCCAUCAAGCACUUCUCUCUCAUCAGCUUCGUCGCAAACAAUACCACAACAAUCUCCAUCUUGUUUAUUAUUGGAACCCCUUGAUGUUGUUCAAGUUCAAAGGUCUGAGAGGCUGGAAACUUCAGAAGCUACUGCCAUCAAGGUAGCUUCCCUGCCAAAGCCAGAGGGACAAUCUCAGCCUCCAGCUCAAUUUGGUAACCGGUGCUCGACUUGCCGAAAAAGGAUCACCCUCUCUGGUUUCCGGUGCCGGUGCGGCGACCUAUUUUGCUCGCGCCAUCGAUAUUCUGACACGCAUGAUUGUUCUUUUGAUUACAAGGCUGCAGGGAGGGAGGAGAUCUCGAAGGCCAACCCCCUCAUAAGAGCUGCUAAGAUCAUCAAGAUCUAAGGUAUCUGUCUAUUGACUUCGUUUUCUUGUUCUUCACUGAUUUGGGCUUUUAUGAAUCUGUCAAUAGCUAGCGGUAAUAGUUUGUUCCUGCAUAGUUAUCUUCGAAAUCCUGUACGUUCAUGUGGUUUGAAUGGUCUGUUAGCUCUUAGGGGCUGUUUGAUUGUGCUUUGUAGAUGAUUUAGAUAAUUGCGCCAUUACGAAGUCAAUAUUUUCUGCAAA